AUGGUUCUCAGUCGAUAUAGUAUGGAUGACGACGAUAACAGUUGCGAUCUUCAUUUUAUCAACCAAAAUAUGUGUUAUUUGCCAAUUCUUUAUGGAUUAUACCUAUGUGAAAUAUAUUAUUUUGUUAGUCAGUCUUAUUCCAUUGAUUCUUAUUAUGGCUGUGGAAAAAAUUCAGCUGCGGUGUCUGAUUGUUCGUAUACUACUUGGAAUAACGGUUUCAAUGUGGUCUGUAUUCGUGGCUGCUUUAUUUGGACCCGUUAA